AGCCUCACAAUGGAACUGAGUGGGCUGAGCAUUAAUGAAGAGGACCAUCUAAACCUGGGACCUUCCAUCUCAGCUGAAACCAACAGGCGGGAUGAAGGUGCUGACAUGAUGAAGAACAUGGAGACUGACCCGAAGAAGAGAAAGGGAACUGUGGAGAGUGAGGAACAGCAGAUGAAACUGGAGAAUGACAAGGAGAGUCUGUAUGAGUUGCCAGAGAGCGUCCGUGCCUCCUCUGCCAACAAGACCCAGGAGAUGCUCUCCAUCCAGAUGCUGAGCGGCAUUCCUGAAGCGGACCUCGGAACUGACGCAAACAUAAAAAACACCACCUCAACUGAAGAGGCCAAGGCCAAGGUGCUGGCAGAGGAGGAGAACAAAAAGAAAGACAGCGAAACUUCCUUUGUUCCCACCAACAUGGCUGUUAACUAUGUCCAGCCCAACAGAUGGUCUCCUCCAAAUCGCAAGCGACCAGCCAAUGAAAGAGCAGGAGAUGAUUAUUAUUAUGACAAGAAAGUCAAGAAGAUGAAGGGACAGGAAAUAAUGCUGCCUCCUCUUCCUUUAGAACGGUCACCAGCAAAUCACAAACGCCCACUCAAUGAAGAAACAGCAGAUGAUUAUAACAAACUCAAGAAGAUAUGUAGGCUAUACUGA